GCCCAAGCCAGCCAGGAAGGAGGAGGCAGCCAGAGUGUUCUCUGCAGCAGAAGACGCCUUGCUGCCCUGCUUAACCCAGACCAGCAUUUUCCAGGCCUUGGAUACCAAACAUCCAAAACAUCAAGUCAAAUAAACCAUCUGCUGUACAUGGACGAUCUGAAGUUGUAUGGAAAGUCCCAGUCAGAAAUCGAAUCACGGCUAAACACUGUCCAUAGUAGCAAUAUAGCAAUGGAGUUUGGACUAGACAAGUGUGCUACAUUAAUAAUGAACAGAGGAAAAAUAACAAAAACAGAAGGAAUAGAACUGCCCAAUGGAAGCAAGAUCAAGAACCUGGAAGAGAAAGAACAUUACAAAUACUUGGGCAUUCUCCAGGCUGAUAACAUCGUACACACUGAAGUGAAAAGAAAAAUUUGAAGUGAAUACAUCAGGAGAGUUAGAAAAAUCCUCAAGUCCAAACUCAAUGGUGGGAACACCAUACAAGCCAUAAACACCUGGGCUAUACCUGUUAUCAGAUACACUGGAGGAAUAAUAGACUGGACCCAGGCAGAGUUAGAGACGCUGGAUCGUAAGACCAGGAAAAUCAUGACUAUCAAUCAUGCUCUGCACCCCCGCAGUGAUGUCAAUAGGCUCUACCUCCCUCGCAGCUCAGGUGGAAGAGGAAUGCUGCAAGUCCAUCAAACAGUAGAGGAGGAGAAAAGAGGCCUUGAAGAAUAUAUCAAGGACAGUGAAGAAGAUGCACUUCAAAUGGUCAAUAAUGCGAAACUAUUCAACACCAAUGAAACAAAGCAGGCCUACAGGAAAGAACAAGUCAAGAACCGAGCAGAAAAAUGGAAAAAUAAGCCCCUGCAUGGUCAAUAUUUGCACAAUAUAAGUGGAAAAUCAGACAUCACCAAGACCUGGCAAUGGCUUAAGAAUGGUUACUUGAAGAAAGAAACAGAGGGUUUAAUACUGGCUGCGCAAGAACAGGCACUAAGAACAAAUGCAAUAAGAGCCAAAGUGGAAAAAUCCACAAUAAACAGCAAGUGCCGCCUUUGUAAAGAAGCAGAUGAAACAGUGGACCACCUAAUCAGCUGUUGUAAAAAGAUCGCACAGACUGACUACAAACAAAGGCAUGACAAGGUAGCAGGGAUGAUACACUGGAACAUCUGCAAAAAAUACAAGCUACCUGUAGCCAAAAAUUGGUGGGACCAUCAAAUUGAAAAAGUUGAAGAAAAUGAAGAUGUAAAAAUAUUAUGGGACUUCCGACUACAAACAGACAAACAUCUGCCACACAAUACACCAGAUAUCACUGUAGUCGAGAAGAAAGAAAAACAAGUUAAAAUAAUCGACAUAGCAAUACCAGGGGAUAGCAGAAUAGAAGAAAAAGAAAUAGAAAAAAUCACCAAAUACAAAGAUCUACAAAUUGAAAUUGAAAGGCUGUGGCAGAAAAAGACAAAAAUAAUCCCAGUGGUAAUUGGCGCCCUGGGUGCAGUUCCAAAAGACCUUGGAGAGCACCUCAACACCAUAGGGGCCACAGAAAUCACCAUCAGCCAAUUACAAAAAGCAGCUUUACUGGGAACAGCCUAUAUUCUGCGACGAUAUCUAUAACAACUGACAAUAAAAUUCAGCCAUCCCAGGUCCUUGGGAAGGACUCGAUGUCUGGAUAAAACAAACCAGUCAAUAACAUCUGUCUGACUGUGUAAACAAGAAAUAAUAAUAAAUAUAUGAGUACUCUCUGGUGCAUAAGCUCACCCAGUCCAAACCAGUCCAGAGACUUAGUCUUUUGGCUUGGCUGGUAGAAAGGCUGUCACCACCAGAAUUAUUCUGGAGACUAGGGGUUGGGAUCAGCCUAUAGGGCAAACCUGUCAAGGCCUGAAAUGCUAUAAUCCUCUCCAGCCUUGAUUCUGGGGCCUCCCACCUGCUUAACUGAGCAUGAAGCUCCUUUAAAAAAAUGAAUCAAGCUAUAGGACACUGAGCUGUUUCUCAGGAGCAGUGAGAAAAGGCAACUGGGUUUGUGGGGUGGGAGCCCCAAAGAGCUUAUCUCCCUGCAGACGAUCUUUUUACUUCCCAUGGACGGAUCGCCCGCCCAAACAAGUACCAGCUGCUGCCGGUAGCUGAG